AUGGUGUGUUACAAUCUACAGUUGGAAAAAAAGAAUAAGGAACUGAAAAGGCAACCAGAAGUUGCUCAUUCUCGUAUUGAUGAUUUACUUAGAGCUAUUGAAAGUGACAAAACUUCAGACAAACUCGAUGAAUCUCUGUCCGUCAACGGAAGCUUCAGAUGCAACGGGAAAUCGGGAAUUCUGCAUUCAGAAAACAGUGACGAUGCUUAUUCAUCAGAAGCCAUAUCCGAUCCAAGCCAAGAAGUCGAAAGACCUUUUGCGGAAGAUUCUGAUGAAAUCUGCAAGGAGGUUGUGUGUAUUGAGAAUGGGAAAUCUGAUAACAACAGAACAUUCGAGUCAUUACGUGAGUCAGUUAUCGAGAGUGAAACUAACAUACCAAUAUCUUCCGAGUUUUCAGAUGGCCAUGUCAUGGCUUCACCCGGACAAGUUAGUGCCACUGCUAAUAAUCACUCUUACAGUUUGUUGGAGCAGAAGACUAUAGAUUCUCUUUCAAGACAUCAGCAUGAUGCAUUUUCUCCAUGUGCAUCAUCAACUAGUGGGACAUAUUUUGGGAGCUUAAAAUUGAGUAGAAUUAGAAGCUGUAGAGCUGGUUUGAUGACCGUCUCGUCUGACUGUGAGACGGCUGGACAAAGUGAAAGCACGCCUUCAGCCGUAUCGGAGGAAGGUUUUACAAGAAGAUCGGAAGGCAUUUUCAAGAGGAAGCAAUGGAAGCUUCCACCAGUUAUGUACGGUGCAAAUAGUGAGAAGCUGUCCGUAUAUGAUUCAGAAUCCUCCGAUUUGACUAGCUUUGUCGAUGAGAUAAAGAAUGAAAUCUCCAGCAAUGGGGAUGAGGAUAUCCCUACUCUUGGUUCUUUUUUAGCCUGCGAGAGAGCCCUCCGAAGGGAGAGGGAGACACUGAGCAAGCUAAUAUAUAAAAGAUACAAAGAAGAAGGUGAAAGGCACAAGCUUUACAAUGAAUGGGGCAUCAGCUUGAACUCUAAAAAGAGAAGGUUGCAACUGGUCAACCUUUUAUGGACCGACACUGAAAAUAUGGACCACAUUCGGAAAAGUGCCGCUAUUGUUGCUAAGCUCAUUGGGCUUCUCGGAGCACGGUCGAGCAGUCGAUGA